GCUCGGAGUGUUUCAUAGGAUCAGAGAAUCAUGGAACAGUUUGGCUGGGAAGGGUCCUUAAAAACCAUCCAGUUUCAUCCCUCCCCGCGGCGUGGGCAGGGACACUUCUACCGCAGCGUCCCCCGGCGCGGCAGGGCCCUCCCGGGGCCUGGGGUCGCCGCUGGCCGGGGGGACCCGGGAGCGGGGCGGGGGAAGGAUCCCAGCCCAGCUCCUUUCAUCGCCCGCCGCCGCCGGCCCCGCUCGGAGCCGGGGAGAUCCCGACCACCACCGAUCUCGCACCGCGGUCGCAACUUUCCCCCGCCCGGGGAGCGGCCGCGGAGCCCGCCCCGGGGGCGGCUCGGGGGUCCUUGUCCCGUCCCCCCCCUUCGCCCGCCGCGCUCCGCCCCCCGCGGGUCGGGGCGGGCCCGGGCCCGGGCGGAACCCGCCGCCCCUCCGCCCGCGCCCAGACGUCCCGGCGGCGGCGAGCGGGGAGCCGCGGUCCCGCCGCCCCGCCGGCCCCCGCCGCUCCAUGGCCCCGGCCGCGGCGGCGGAGCGCAGCGCCCGCAGCCCCCGGGACACCGGCCCCGGCCCCGGCGGGAGGCGCACGGCUCGGCGGCCGCCGGAAUCGCGGCUGACCCGGAGACGAUGACUGCAGAGAGCACCGGAUCCAAUGUGCCCAUGCGGGACCAGGAGCAGGGGGGGCCCAAGGUAGUGGUGCCCCCCGUGCCGGCGCGGCGCCGCGGACGCCGCCUGCGGCGCCAGCCCCCGGCAGAGCCCCUGCUGAAAGGGCAGCUCCGCAUGCGCUCACCGGCCGGAGCUUUCGUCAUGGUGGGCAUCUCGGUGGUCCUGGUGGGCAUGACCAUUGCCGUGGUGGGCUACUGGCCUCACCGGGGCCAUGGGGGCACCGGGGCCAGCGCGGCGAACACCAGCGUGGCGGGAGAUGUGAGGAGGGAGGUGGCGGCCGGGCGCCACGUGCCCCACAGCGAGAAGCUGAAGCUGAUCGGCCCUGUCAUCAUGGGCAUCGGGCUCUUCAUCUUCAUCUGUGCCAACACAAUGCUGUACGAGAACAGGGACAUGGAGACCCGGCAACUGAUGCAGAAGGGGCUCUACAGCCUGGCAGUGGGGCCUCCCAGCGGGGCCCGCCCUGAGGACGGGCACCAGCAGCGUGGGGACAGCCAGCCCUUCCCCAAGGCCAGUGCUGAGUGCGUGGAAGGCUGUUACCAGGUGGACCUGUCUCGUCAGCCCUGCCCUAGCCCUGGCAGCAAGUGGUCUGAUUGCUACAGCCCCAGCCGGGUGCAGACCAUGGCCGAGUUCCUGCAGCACCCGGCAGCUUCCCCUGCGGCCUCUCUCCACAGCCUCCGCUCCACUGAGGUCAACCUGAGCCUCCCGUGCCAUGCUGGAGCUGAGUCCCUGCUGUCCUCGGCCGUGGGUGCCUUGGCACUGCCCAUCAUCAAGCUCAACAAUUGCUUGCUGGAUGGGGCAGCACGGGGGGCUGGCGGGAAGGCAGAGAGGGGCCCUGCUGAGCAUCCCCCCAAAACACCUCAGCUCCGCCGGGCUCUGCUUUCCACCGCCGACAGCGCCGCGCCCUGCGGCCGGGACGGUUGUGUUGGCGAUGGCCACGUUGUCAUCAGCAUGGGCGAGAGCUGUGCCAGUGCAGAGCCACUGGUGGAGCUCAGCCCCAAUGUGCACCUCCACACCCCGGGACACUCCAAAUCCCUGGACCUUGGCCGGCCCGGGGUGCUGCUGGUGGCCCCCAUCAAGGACCGUAAGAACCGGAGCUGGCCCCGGCUGGACCACGCCAGCCUGGUGGGCUACGCCAAACUGGGGAGCACUGGGGAGUCCUUGGACAGGCUGCUGGAGCCCAGCGAGCCCCCAGGCCGGGGAGAGCCCCGACCCAGCUCCUGGGUGGUGGGGAUGGAGCAGGGCACACGGGUCUGAUGUCCCCAGAGCCUUUGGGGACUGUAACAUCCCAGUCCCUCAUCCUGGCUCCCAGCACCCAGCAGCGACCCCAAAACCCCCCAUCCAGGAGGGGUUUGGGGGCAGCAUUUUCAAGGCAAUUCCAAGAGGAAGGUCCUGACCCUCCACUCCUAGGGGACGACUUGCCUAGGGCAGAAUGCCUUUCCAGGUAGAUGCCCUUGGCCUUACAAGCCCUUCUCCUGGUGGCUUUUCUAGAGGAGUCCUUGCUCUGAGACCCCACACAAACUGUGGGAUGGGGACAUGGGGGUGGGUGAAGCCCCAUCAGCCUCCACAGCACUUUAUUUCAGCAGGGUUGGGGUGGUGAGAUGCUUGGGGGGGGUGAUGUCCCCUUGUCCAGCCUCAACCCACCAGAAAAUUUGCUUGGCCAGAGCACGUAGGCCCAACGGGGCUAUUAAAUAUUAUUUGGAUGCCA